AUGUUCACUGGCGAUGUGCACUGGAUAAAUAUGGAGUCAGGUGCGGAAGAGUCGCAUACCUUGUGUCAUUCGAGUGGUAUCACUUCAAUAGUUCCAAGUCAGGUUUGUUUUGUCUUCUCAAGCUAUAUUUGA